UUCGUUACGAAUCGGCCAAUUUUCCUCGAAUCGUUCGUUGAGUUCGUCGUCCGUUUGUCAUAUCUGCUAAAUUCUCCGGUCUCGAAAAUCAUUAUUUUCGCUGAAAAAACGAUUACGAUUUCAAAAAGAUUGUUAUUCUGUAGAGUCUUCUACGAGUGAAGAAAGUGCAAAGAAAAAAUAUGGCAUUACGGAACAUUGCGUUUUCUAAAAAGUGCUUGAAAAUAUUUUUUAUUCACCUAAUAGAACUGAGAUUGAAUUUUGAAUUGUUCUAAAAAGUGGCAGAAAGUUAACGUCAAUUUUUGAAAAUGGAUAAAAAAGAUGACUCGUUGUUGGACAACUUGAAAAUUUCUGGAGAGCUUAAGAAUUCUUCAAAAGUGGCGGAAGAGAAACCUGUGUUUCGCAAGUACCGCACGAAGCAUAUGAAGCAAUUUCCGGAAUUAUAUCGAAGCGAUGUUUCAAUUCAUCCCAGCUAUACAGGCUUGAAAAUCUAUCCUUAUCAUGUAGUCUGCAGGCAACGCGUGCAAAGGAUUCAGCGACAAUCAUUUCGGCAGCUGAAUCGUGAGAUCGCGCAUUUUGCUAUGGCCCAAACGCUUGCUCUGGAUGGUGUGAGAAUCGAUCGCGUCUUCAGCAUUGGCAUGUCGCCGAAGAUGUUAAUCGUGCCAGACCUUUUAACAGAGAAAGAGAGACGCCGACUGAACGAGCUUAUCGAAGAUUAAGAAAUCCUUCGGAUAAUUUCAAUGGGAAUAGAUUAUUUCCCUUAAUUAUUAUUCAAUCAU